CCAAACAUGAGGGAAGUGGUUAAGGCUGAGGUUCUUAAACUAUUAUAUGUGGGUAUCAUAUACCCCAUAUCUGAUAGUCAAUGGGUGAGUCCAACUCAGUGGACUGAGCAAUGCUGGGAGGCUUUCACCAAGCUUAAGGGCAUGUUAACCACUGCACCCAUCAUGCAGCCACCCGAUUGGAGCCUUCCUUUUGAGCUUAUGUGCGGCACUUCUGAUUAUGCUCUUGGGGCGGUUCUAGGCCAGAGAAAAGAUAAGAGGCCCUACGUCAUUCAUUAUGCAAAAUUUGAUUUGGAAAUUAAAGAUAAAAAAGGAGUAGAGAACAUAGUGGCUGAUCAUCUGUCUCGCCUUAAUACCUCUGAUUCCCCUAAGGUGACCCAUAUUAAUGACAUGUUCCCUAAUGAACAACUGUUCAGAGUCUCCCAUUCACCUUGGUUCGCUGAUAUUGUCAAUUAUCUUACCACAGGUUCGAUACCGACGCAUUGGACUGCACAAGAUAAAAAGAAAUUCUUUACCAAGGUGCGUAACUUUUUCUGGGACGAUCCAUAUUUAUUCAAAUAUUACCCAGAUCAAAUUUUAAGGAGAUGUGUGCCAGAUGACGAGUAUCAGAGUGUCAUCUCCUUCUGUCAUUCACAGGCCUUCGCCGUAUAUUAUGUCACUAAAUGGGUCGAAGCAAUUCCGUGCCGAAAUAAUGACCAUCGUACGGUAAUUAAAUUCUUAAAAGAGAACAUCCUUUCGCGGUUCGGGACGCCUCGAGCCAUCAUUAGUGAUGGGGGCUCACACUUUUGUAAUAGACCAUUCGAGAGCUUAAUGAAGAAAUAUGGUAUCUCUCAUAAGGUGAGUACCUCAUACCAUCCACAGAUAAGU